AUGGAUAAACCGCCAUCUGCUUGGCAAGCUCUCCUGGCAGGCGGAAUAGCUGGUACUGCUGUAGAUACGGUCCUAUUCCCUCUAGAUACGCUCAAAACACGUCUGCAAUCACGUAAUGGCUUUCGAGCUGCUGGUGGAUUUAAAGGAAUUUAUUCGGGCCUAUCAUCUGCUGUUAUUGGAUCUGCUCCUUCUGCUGGCAUGUUCUUUUUGGCCUAUGAAGGACUGAAAGAUGGUCUGCGCAAAAACUUCCCAUCUAUAAAUCCGCACGUGAUGCACAUGUUGGCUGCUUCUGGUGGUGAAAUCGCAGCAUGCACAGUACGUGUACCUACAGAAGUCAUCAAACAAAGAAUGCAAACAAAACAGUAUACAUCUGUUUCUCAUGCUGUGAGACAGAUAUUGGGUACAUCUGGUGUAUUUGGUUUCUAUAGAGGGUUUUCAAGUACCAUUGUUCGUGAGAUCCCAUUCACUUGUAUACAAUUCCCAUUAUAUGAGUGGCUCAAGGUGAAAUGGUCAACAUGGUUCAACCACCCACCGCUACCAUACGAAAUUGCUCUCUGCGGCUCCAUAUCAGGUGGUGUAGCAGCUGGUCUCACUACACCGCUAGACGUAGUCAAAACACGAAUCAUGUUAUCAAACAAGACUGGGAAGGAAUCACCCACCAUCGUAUCUACAUUCUCCCAUAUUUUGAGAGAAGAGGGAUGGGGGAGAUUGUUUUCUGGGAUUGUCCCUCGUGUGUUGUGGAUUUCGUUAGGUGGCAGUAUCUUUUUGGGAGUUUACGAAGUUGCAAAGACUUCAUUGCAGUAA